AUGUUGAAAGUAUGGGGUUCUCAAGGAGGAGUUAUUUCUGACGAAACUUCUGGUCUUGGUGCUUAUACUGAAGGUAUUAUCAAAUUAUCGCGUUAUACAAAACUUAACAUUUACGUAGGUCGACAAGGCGAAUGUAGUACAUCUGCUUUAACCGAUAUUUUUUAUAACGGAGGUGAAAAUUCGAUAGGCAAAAUUAAAGAAAGAUCCUGUACAGGGGGUGGUGCGACAUUCAUAACGUAUGAUAAUAAUGUUAACGAUGUCAUAAUUAUUUCAGGAUCCGGCGGUGGCGCCCAAAUCAGAUUUAAAGGUGGUUACGGCGGAAAAAUUGCUGGAAAUGGUGAAGGAUAUAAUAAUUGUUUUGGUAAAGGCGCCACUAUUUCAUCUCCAGGCCAAGGAGGAAUAUAUCCUGGCGCCGGUGAGGCUUCUUUUUGUCGUGCACUGGAUGGCACUUUUUUGAGAGGUGGAAAAUCUUGUUCAACCGCUGAAGUAUCAUCAAGUGGCGGCGGAAGUGGAUAUUAUGGUGGAGGAGGAAGUUCUGACCAAGGAGCUGGCGGAGGAGGUAGUAGUUAUGCUAGUAGUGUCCUAAAAAACGUAAUCUAUAAAAACGGAAAUGAAGAUUUUGUCCAACCAGAUGGAACUUCUAAGAAAGGGCACUCAGGUGAUGGAUUCAUUUCUAUCGAAAAACUAUUUUCAUUAGCUCUCCAAACUUAUUGCAUCGAUUUUCAUUAUAUAUCUUUCAUUAAUAUCCUUUCUUUAAUUUUUAUAUCGAGUGAAUAA